GACAGACAGACAGACAGAUAGGUCCCAUGCCCAAAGGAUCAUCUUUCUACAAGCUUUCUCAGAUAUAGAAGAGGAUAGAAGCUGUGUUCUGAGAAUUUUCCUGCAUUUUGAUUGUGGGAAGGUAUGGAAGCAGGGGAUUGUGUUCAGAACCAUGGGGUUGCUGUUGAUUUAGAGAAGAAGAGAGUGAAGUGCAACUACUGUGGGAAGGAGGUUCCUGGCUUCAAUCGUCUGAAGCACCACUUGGCUGCUGUUGGAACUGAUGUUUCACCAUGUGAUGUAGUGCCUGGUAAUGUUAAGGAGUGUUUGAGGACUGAAUUGCUCCAAAAGAAGAAGGAAAGGUUGAUGAAAGAAGUUGGAGAGUUGGUUCAUCCUGAACUUCCUUUGAGGAGGAAGUUUGUUCCUCUAACUAUUCAUGAAAAUGGGAGUGGAAGUGGAAGUGGAAGUGGAAGUGGGAGUGGAAGUGGAAGUGCUGCACAUCCCAGUCCAUCCCUGCUUAAUGAGUUUUUAAAGGGGAAAAGUGUAUUAAUGCCCAAAUUGGAGGACAACCUGAGUGACAAUGUGACUGAUUCCAGCAUGACUGAAGAUGGAAGAGAAUUUGUUAAGGAAGAAAUCAAGUCUGAAAUUGAGAUGCAUGCCGCAAGGUGUAUUGGAAUGUUCUUUUGUGAAAAUGGCAUUGAUCCUAGGUUGGUACAGUCUGCUACUUUUCAGACAAUGGUGAAUGCUAUCAGAGCUUGUGCAGGUGGGUAUAGGCUUCCAACUUCUGAUGAACUUGGUGGAUGGAUCCUUCAGGAAGAGAGAAGCCGAGUUCAACAAUACGUUGAUUGCAUUAAGAAUUCUUGGGCAGAGACUGGUUGUACCUUGCUGUUGGAUAGUUGGAUUGAUACCAGAGGCAGAAACCUUAUUGCUUUUCUAGUAGAUUGCCCAAAUGGCACUAUUUUCCUGAGAUCUGUUGAUGCAUCUGUUCUCAUUCAUGAUGUUGAUGCUUUAGUGUCACUACUUAGUAGCGUGAUCGAAGAAGUCGGUGCCAAGAACGUUGUUCAAGUUAUUUCAAAUGAUGCAUCACCUAAUAUGGAGGCUGCUCGUCACAGGAUUGAGAGUGCCUAUCGGAAUAUCUUUUGGGCAUUGUGUGCAGAUUGCUGCUUAAAUCUCAUAUUGGAGAAAAUUGCUAAUACUAGUCUUGCUUCGAAUGUAAUAGCUCAGGCCAAGAACAUAACAAGUUUUAUGUACAGCCAUGCACUACCUCUGGAGCUGAUGAGAAGGUUUAUAGGAAACAGAGACCUUGUGAAAACCACAAAUCUGAAGUCUGAGUCGGCAUUUCUGACACUACAAAAUCUGAUGUCCAAGAGAGAAAAUUUGAUUAGAAUGUUCAACUCACAAGCAUGGAACGAAUCUGUUUGGACUUCUCGGUACCAGGGGAAACUUGUAGCUGGUCUGGUCAAUAAUCAGAGCUUUUGGUCUGCUGUUAAUGAGGUUCUGAAGCUUACUCAACCAAUACUUCGUGUCUUGCGUGACAUCCAUAAGCGUGAUAAAGGUCCAGUGGGCUUCAUUUAUGAUGCUAUGGACAGGGCAAAGGAAGAAAUUAAAAGCAAUGUUGGUGAUGAAGAGGCUAAAUAUCUCCCUAUCUGGACUAUGAUUGAUGACAUUUGGAACGACUAUCUGCAUAGCCCUCUUCACGCAGCUGGUUAUUACUUGAAUCCAAGUCUCUUCUACUCAAAUGAUUUCUUCGUCGAUCAUGAGGUUACUACUGGACUUGUGACCUGCACCGUCAGAAUGACCAAUGGCCUAGCAAGUCAAGACUUGAUAGCUCACCAACUGCAUGCAUAUGGAACAGCAAGAGGUGCGUUUGCUGAUGAGAUUGCAGUUGCUCAGAGGAACAAAGUAUCACCCGCUCUCUGGUGGACACUUUUUGGAUGGCAAAGUCCAGAACUGCGGCAUUUAGCCAUCAGAAUCUUAAACCAGAGUUGCAGCGGUUCGGCAAGGUUCGGUCUUAGUAAGAAGGUGUCUGAGCUGGUGCAUGCAGGGGGAAGGAACUGCAUUGAGCAACAAAGGUGGUCUGAUGUAGAAUUUAUCAACAAUAAUAUCCAACUCCAUCAUUCUUCGACAGAUACAAACCUGCAAGACGGUAUCAGCUCAGACGAUGUUAACCCUUUGCAUGACUGGUUUGUUGGAGGAAGCUACUAAGUUAUGUCAAAUCCUUCAGUGUAGGUGAUGGAGAUAUCAGACAGCAGUUAAGUGAAGUGAAGUAAGAAAGGUGACUCUCUCUGACUUAAAUCAGCGGCAGCUUGCUCAUCUCUGCAAUUGUUGCAGAAGUUUUAGCUCA